AUGUCGAAGACGAUGCCAAUUCAAGAAGAACCCCACGAGCCCGAGGAUGACCCUUGCCAGCCAUGCUCACAGGCACAGCGGCUGGACAUUGUGGAACAGUCACAUUACCCUAAUUCUGGAGAGUCAGAGGCUAUCUCAAGGUACGUCUUCGCCAUGCGCACAGCCAUAAAGAAGCAAGGGGAAAGAUUGCAGCAGGAGGAAGCCCGGGAGGCAGGACAGGAAGGCUCUCCAGCAGAAAAGGAGAGUGAGAAGCCCGACUUCCACAUCAAGGCUUCCCAAAAGACGAAACCGCCACCACUUCUUCUCACCACCGAAGUGCACGGCAAGGACAUACUCGCCGGCCUUAGGUCCAAGGCACGACGGGUGACAUUUAUUCUGCCAAAGAAAUCAGCGGAAAAGGGCUCAAAGUCCGAAGUGCAGCUUCAGGAACCAAAGCGUGUCUCUUCUUUGUCCCUCUUGGCAAGACAUGCGAAGGCACGAUUCGCCGCGAUCGGAUCCACUGGUAAACCCGUGUCAGUGCUGUUUCCACCGGUGCGAUCGAAGCUGCGCAAGCAAAGCGAACGCAGGCCGAAGAUUAAGAGCAACCAUGGCGCAGCAUCUGCGCCUUCCCUGGCCGAGAAGUGCACGAACGGGGAGGAGGGACUUGCGUCUCCGGAUGAGGCAUACGCGGACGACGAAGAGGUUGACGAACACGAGGAAGUCGCUCUCCUCUCACUGCGAUCCUCAAGUUCGUCUUCAAGAAACAGCUUCGAAGCAUUCCAUUUCUACACGCCCAUGUUUACGUCUCGGUCGCGAUGCGAUUAUGAAUACCGGCUGGAGGAGUCGCGGUUCAGGAAGUCCAUCGGUUUCUCGAGAGACUCAGUGUCAAGGGGUGUUAGUAGCUUGAAACACCACACGAAGAACGUUCUGUGGACGCGACGAAGGGGAGGUGGCUGGUCGAGACUCAAGUAA